CCUUAGCCUCUUUCUUUUCAGCGCCAAAUCAAAUGCCUUAGCGCCAAUCCCCUUCCCCUUCUCCCUUCACUGACGCUCACCACUCCCAAACCCUAGCUCACUGAACCAGUCAAACUACCCACGAUAUCUGUCCCUCUCGCUCUUCGUACCAUUGCAGUAUCUGCGGGGACUGAGAAUCUGUACGUCGCCCGCUCGCCCUCUCUCUAUCUCUCUCUCUCCCUCGCUGCCUCUUCUGCAAUUUUGCGUCAUUUUUGCUACUCUAGCAGAGUCGAUUUCGGUUUGGGUCCUUUCAGCCUUUCAGGAUGAAGAGGGUGGCUCAGUACGAUGCUGAUAGAAUCACCAACCUUCCUGCCGAUGUGAUACAUCGCAUUCUUGUGUCCUUGCCCAUCAAAGAUGCCGCCAAAACUAGUAUCUUGACAAGCAAAUGGAGGCAUUUGUGGAGAAGCAUCCUCAACUUGUUUUUGAUAAGCGUUUUGCUCAAAUAGAUAGAGAGGCUGAAUCUGAACGAAAGUUGGUGAGGAGUAAGCUUACAAUGCUGAACAUCUACAAGGCCCUCCUUCUUCAUGAUGGGCCAAUAACCAAGUUUAAGUUUUCUAUCCCUGGAUUAGUGUCCUGUGAUGAUGAGAUGGACCUCAUCGUUCUUUACCUAUCCAAUAAAGGUGUCCAAGACUUUGCGAUCUGGUUCCACAGUCUCGACCACGAGUAUGUUUAUGAGAUGCAUUCUUCUCUGUUUUCUGCACUUCACUUGAUAUCCCUGGAACUUCAGGGUUGUGAAUUCACACCACCAUCUUGGUUUGAAGGCUUUAGUAAGCUUACCCAUCUUGGACUAGAAGAAUCUCCUUUGCCCUAUGAUUUCUUCGAGAAUUUCCUUGCCAAGUGCCCACUGCUUGAAUAUUUGAGGGUUAUCGAUUGUGACGGUCCUCCUGAUAAGCUUCAAAUUGUGUCUCCAUCUCUCAAAUCCUUCCACUUUGCGGGGCCCCUCAAGGGAAUAAGCUUCAAGGGUACUCCCCUUUUAUCAUUUGUCGCACUCUUUUUGUAUGAGACCAGCACGCAUGACAUGGUAGCUCUUUUCGUUUCUAUUCCUACAAUCCAAGUGUUAUGGACUAAUGGUGGAUUCCUGAAACACCUUUCUGCAGGUAAUAGAAAUGUCCCCACCAGGCUUCCUUCUCCUCUUCAGCAGUUAGAAGUACUCAAAAUUAUUGAGCUUGACUUUGAUAGCCUGGAGCAGGAGCAUGUUUUUGUUUGUUUGAUCAUGAGUUCUCCAAACCUGCGUAGGCUCAAAAUUGAGCUGGAUCCUAACAUGCUAGACCUAGAGAAUAAGUCCACAAAGACUGAAGUUAGCAGCAUAGGGAGGUUGUUGGAAGCAGAGGACUGCACUGGACCUUCUAAUUGCCUUCAACAUCUUAGGGAGUUCAUAAUUGAGGAUAGCUGUGGUACACAGGUUGAGCUGGACCUUGUGAGGUUCGUCCUAGGCAAUGCCCCUCUACUUCAACGCGUUUACAUCACAGCUGCAUAUAAUUUGAGCUCUAAAAAGGUUAUGAAAUUUUCGAUGGAGGCAUUGAGGUAUAAGCGUGUUUCUAAAGAAGCAGAGUUUAUAUAUCCCUGGGUUGAUAAGGAUAUAUGACUGCUGACUGGGAUGAUGAUGAUCGACACUAUGUGACUUUCCCUGUUGAAAUCAGAACCCCUGACCUUCUCUUUCACAAUUGCAGUGUUGAUUGAGGUAUGUGAGGAUGCAUCUAGCUGUAAAGUGUGAAACCUACUUUCUUGAUCAACAAGUAAUGUUAGUUCCAAUAGAAAACAUAAAGAGUUGCUACUGUAUCCAUUUUUAUCAUGUAUUUUUGAGUGGGUUGGCCAUGAACCACUGGUCGACUGCCCAACUAACUGGCUAUACUAGCUAAAAAGCAGAGAGUAUUCUGCUGAUGGGGGAAUGAUAAAAGAGUUUUAGGAAUGUGGCGUCCCUUCAAUCUCGUUCAUUUUGACCCAAACACUAUUUGAUUCAUAAGUACGGUUUUUUGUUUGUUUGAAUCUACAGGCGACAUUUCUCUGUAUUUCACUUGUAGUAAGACAAACCAGAGUACAAAGUCUGAAUGAAUGUUAGAG